ACUCUGCAGGUUCCAUAUUCAGUACAUCACUGUCAUUUCUCCUAUUUCUGUCAUUGUUCUGGCUGUCUCCAACUUGCUCAGCAAUGCACUGCUGAACCUCAAUACAGCAAAAUCAUUAUUAACUCUAAACAUCGUUACAUUAAAAAACAAAGAAUUAAACAUCAAGAGCUGAGCAGAGACCAGCAGAGCCGCAGACCAGAAGCAGAAGCAUCCUAACCUAAGGGAUACCAGCAAAAACUGUACCCAAAAUGAGAUUUGGAAGUUUGCCGAGUGAACAUUCGAGAAGGGCAGAGAUGGAAGUUCUCCUCCUCUUUGUGGCUUUGCUGCAAGAGCCAGCCUCAAGCACCUUGUAUGGGCCCAGGUUUUUGUCAGGCGCAGUUGGAGGGUCCAUCACCCACCAGUGCUUCUACUCCAUCACGCCUGCCAACAAGCAUGACAGAAAGUUCUGGUGUAAAAGGAAGAGCGAUGGGAUUUGCUACACCAUCAUCUCCACCACCAACUUCAUCUCAGAAGACCAUGUGGGCCGAGUGGCCCUGGAGGACGUCCCUCAGAAUGGCACCUUCAUGGUGACGAUGACACAGCUGAAGACAAGUGACACAGGGACCUAUCGCUGUGGCAUUGGCCCCACCAACAGCGACCUCCACGUCAGCCUGAACCUGACUGUGUCAGCAGAUGUGGGCACGCAGAGGCCAAUUGAGCUGUUCCUUGGGGAGCUCCAUGGCUCUGUCACCAUCCCCUGCCCACCUGGGGACAGCCGGGGUGGCACCAGGAGGCUCUGGUGCAGAGUGGGGAAAAGCAGCUGCAUCCUCAUUGCUGACACCGACGGCUACGUGGGAAAGAGGUAUGAGGGACGGAUCUAUAUUACUCCCCAGGAGAGCUCUGGAGCAUUCAAAGUGCUGAUAAAUGAUUUAAGGCCAGAAGACAUGGGGCUGUACAAGUGUGGGAUGGGCAGCCCAGCUGACUGGGACAGCUGGCAGAUGGUAGCCCUGCAGGUGACCACAGUCCCUGCCCAGCCCCGGAGGGUGAAGUUUCUGCAUGGCAGCGUGGGGGGCUCACUGUCCCUCAGGUGCCACCACGACCCUGCAGGCAGCUACACCAGCAAGUACCUGUGCAGGUGGCAGAAGGCCAGCUGCUCCCUGCUGGUGGACACCGAUGGGUUUGUGCAGGAGUCCUACAAAGGGCGCAUGUGGAUCAGCAGCAGCAUGCAGGACAGUGGGACCUACACCGUGACGAUGAGCCGCCUGCAAGAGGAGGAUGCAGGGUGGUACUGGUGUGGGGCCAGGAGCGGGCAUAGGGAGCACACGACCCCCAUGAAACUGCUCAUUGAGAAAGAAAUCUUCACUUCACCAAACCCAGCAAGGCACAAUUCUGUGAACCCCACUUUGCCGUUCAGGUCAUCUUCCAACCAUGUAGUGACACAGAGUAGCACCACAUGGCCAACAGACACCACAGGACCAACAGACACCAUGGGUCCAACAGACACCACUGGGCUGAGACUCACCACAAUGUUGGCAUACCUCACGGGCACCAGAACUGAGGGCACCAGCCCCCAUCCACCAGUUCUCCCCCCCAGCACCUUUGUGACCUCCCGCAGUGACACCUACAGCCAGAGCUCAUCGGGCGAAUUCUCUCUGCUCUCCGUUGUGAUACCAGCUCUGGUUUUGCUGAUUUUCAUCAUUACCACUGUUCUUGUCCUUACCAAAAUAAAGCUUCGUAAGGAGAUGGGAGAAGAAGGAAGCACCCUGGGACAGACAGAAGCUGUGCUGGUGCGGACUGGGCUGAGUCCCACUGAAGGACAGGGGAUGGAGGAACUCAGCAGCCCAGACAACACCAUUGGAUGCAAGGCAGAGUCAGGCAGACAUUGGAUGAUACGUGCUCUCCUCGGAAGGUUCGGGCAGACCAGGUUGUAUGAAUCCUUCAGUGAAAAAUAUUCUUUCCAACAUGAAUGAUGAAGACUUGAGGGAACCCAGGCAGAACCCCUCCUCUCAGAGCACGAUGUACAUAAGCUCAGAAGCUUCUUUACUGAAAGGCAAAAUACAGCUAUAACCUCAAAGCAUGCAGCACUUCUUCCUUGCUCCCCAUUCCACAGCCAAAUGCCUUGUUGUGUGGCGUGUAGAGAACAAAAUGAAGCAACUAGCCAUGCUGUUCCUGUAUGCGACCCUGACUGUCUCCUGUAGAGCAGAGCACCCCAAUGGGGAGCUGGGUAUGGAAUGGAAGAAUGCUCAGGGCUGCAGGUCUGACUCUUGGAAAUCCUCAUCCUUAGGGAUUUGUUUUGCAAAGCACAAACCGUGUCAGACUUCAGUUCAACACCAAAGAUUUCAGCCCAGACUGGGUGCCAUACUUC